AUGGAAACAGACACUGAUCCCGCCGAGGCGGGCCACCAAGAGCUCCGCCUCCUCCUUGGUGAUGUUAUCGAAUCGUCCAAAGUACCCGCCAAGACACGCACCACGAGUAUCAAACCCACCAUCGCCAAUCUCACCUCACUUUCUUAUGAAUGGGGUCUUUUGCCAGAGACCCUAGACAGUCUCGUCAGCCUCGUCACAACACCAAACUAUCUUGAUCAAGCAAGCCAGGCUGCUAUCAUUAGAAACCUUUACCCCGCCGAGGCCGUGUCUCGAGAUUCUGUACUCCGAGUCGUCUCUUGUCUUGGUCACGGAACUCUCAAGCCGUCUCUGACACUCCAGGCGGCUCUCAUCAAAUGGCUUAUUACCGUUCACCACACUUUGGAAUCACCACAAGUGCUUUCUCAAGCCUACCCCGUUCUUUUCAAUCUCCUCGAUACCGCAGCCACUCGUCCUAAUCUGAGCCAUCUCCUUGCUCUCAUCACACGUCGUAAGCACGUGCGUCCUUUUCGAAUCCAAGCCUUACUCAACCUCUCAAGACAAACAGGGAACGACCCUUCUUUAAUUGGUCUCUUGAGAGUCUUCAAAGACUAUUAUCCUGAGGUCAUUGUAGGAGAAGUUGUUCGUGGCAAAGCGUCUUCUUUCAAGCACCCCGAUCCGCAAUGGCGAGAUAGGUUAGAUGAGAUCCAGGAGGCACAUUUCUACAAAUCCCAGGAAGGUGUGUUGAGACCAAGAGACGGGUUUCGUGUACAUCGUCCUAUUGGCCGUGUUACCCGGAAGAAGACUAUCCCGUUGGUUCACACGUCUCAUGUGACAGAGGAUGCUGUUACGUUGGAAGAAAUUGAAAACGCUGUUGGUUUUGUCAAGAGUAUUGACAGGCUAGAGUUGCCUAAUCAGCUAGUUGCCGUCCUGGCCGACCCGUUGUUGCAAAAGCUCAUGGUUCUGCGACCGAGUAGCGAGUCUGACCAAAGAAUUGCAAAUUGGCUCAACUCUGCCCUUCAAGAUGUUCAGGACGGCGAUGCAGAUGAAGCUACUUUCUUUGAGAUACUAGACAUCUUCCGAGACUAUGUUAUCCUCCCCUCGCUCCUACUUGAUUUCUUCGUCCGCUUUCUUCCGCUCUGGGACGGUUCUCAACACCGUGACUCAAUACUUGCGAUCUUGUCUUACUCGCCGUUACUUAAUUUUCAAAGACUAUACCAACACAUUUUCAAGCCUCUCGAAGAAGCGGCAUUUGACAACACCCCUGAAUCCCAACUCGCUGUCCUUGGCUUAUACAAAAACAUCCUUCACCACUGGACAGUAGUUCUUGAAUCCAGCGAUACCAUACCAGAUUAUGCUAGUGAAGCCGUUGCUGACUUGAUUCGGCACGUCAACCCUCUGGCGCUUAGUAUCGCUCAAACAUCUACCUCUGUCUCAGCACGUUCUGCCAUCCUCGACUUUUAUGAGCAGAACUCCCGACUCAUCAGCCAUGAAACCUUAAAGCACUAUAUUCGCAUCGAGCUGCCUCCCUCACAUCUGAUUUAUAUACUCUUCUUUAGCAGUUCCGUCGCUAUUAUGUCGCGUAUUUGUGCUAUUCUCGCCUCUUAUAAGAAGGGCUUUGAGAUGGCCAUGUUGACCAAACCAAAACAGGAUGGAAGCAAUCGCAUUGACUCCUCAUCAUAUAACCGGGUCUUCGUGAGUCUUUUUAAUGGAUAUCUCAUGGAUAUGUGUAACUGCUUUUGGCGCGGUAAGGCGUUCACCGACAGUGAUCCAAACGCACAGGGCUGCUUGAUCCCAAGAAGUCUCGUCCCCAGGCUGUCUUCAUACGUAACUUCUGUGGACAAAUCUCUUACUCUGACAUCCCUGUUUUCAUUGUCAUACUCGCCACUCUUGUGCCUGCAGAGCACGCGGUGUAUACAAGAUCUCGAAAAUGCUGAGAUUAACAGCGGUACAUCCUUGCUUAUCAGGCAUGAAGGGCCGCCGACACAGAGCAGUCUUGGACAGCUUGUAAGUUCUGGCGGUAUACGCAUCUCCUGGCAAGAUUAUCGAAUCAAGGUAUUAGAAGAACUCAGCGCAAAGGAGCUCGCCGGUAUCACAGACCUGCUCAAGAACACUAUGACCAUUUUGAGAAAGUUAAUAGACGGUGGAAGCACAAGACCGACUGCGGCACAGUGA